AUGUCUUCUAGCAAUGCGGUUGGUGUUUUGAUUCCUUCCCCCAUAACUGAUUGUCUCUUGGGGCCCGUGUGUUGUCUGCAGGUCAUCAAGGCCGGGGUGGAGACAACCUGCAAAUGCCACGGCGUGUCCGGGUCCUGCACCGUCCGCACGUGCUGGAGGCAGCUCUCCCCGUUCCACGAGAUCGGGAAGCAGCUGAAGCAGAAGUACGAGACGUCCCUCAAGGUGGGCAGCACCACCAACGAGGCCACGGGGGAAGGGGACAUCUCCCCGCCCAAGAAGUCCAUCCCCGGGCACAGCGAUCAAAUCCCAAGGACUACAGACCUCGUGUACAUCGACGACUCCCCGAGUUUCUGCAUGAUGAGCCGGUACUCGCCGGGCACCUCGGGGAGGAAGUGUUACAAGGACAAGAACUGCGACAGCAUCUGCUGCGGGCGGGGGCACAACACGCAGAGCCGGGUGGUGACGCGGCCGUGCCAGUGCCAGGUGAGGUGGUGCUGCUACGUGGAGUGCAAGCAGUGCACCCAGAGAGAGGAGGUUUACACCUGCAAGGACUGACGGGGGGGCCCGGCCGUCGUCACCCUCCCGCUGCCCGGCGGGGAACCCUCGGCGGCGGGAGAACCGCGCACGGAGACAAACAGGGUUUGACGGACCCUCUGGGAUCUGAACGCUGUGUUGAGACAUGAGCACUUUGUAGGGUACAGGUGACCCAGCUGUGUUGCUGUUUUGUU